AUGGGCAGAUGGCAUGUUCCUAGCACAACGCGAGCCUUCGUAGCGAAGGCCACUGAGUACCUACCAGCAUACGCCGAUUACACCGAAUCUCAAGCCACCGUCCGUGAAGCCAUUUCCAAGAUCUGCUCUCGGUUUCCAGAGUCGUACUGGCUCGACAUCGACAACAAGGCGAGAUGGCCUAGCGAGUUCCAGGAGGCGGUUGCCAGAGACGGUUGGCUAGGUAUCAUGAUGCCAUCUCAGUACGGUGGUAGCGAGCUAGGGCUCGCAGAUGCAACAGUGAUGAUGCAGACGAUUGCCGAAAGUGGUGGGGGCUAUACAGCAAGUAGCAGCGUGCACAUGAACAUCUUUGGCCUUGCUCCGGUCGUCAAGUACGGCAACGAAGAGCAACGGAAUCGGUUUCUCGUACCUUUGAUCGAGGGACGGGAGCGAGCUUGUUUCGCAGUUACUGAGCCGAACACUGGGCUCGAUACACUCAAGCUACAGUCAUUAGCCGUCAAGCAGGGCAGCAAGAUCUGGACGUCCACCGCUCAAGUCGCCGAGAAGAUCCUGAUACUCGUUCGUACAACACCAUUGGAAGAAGUCAAAAAGCCAAGCGAAGGGCUGACACUCUUCUACACCGACCUCGAUCGUACCCAGGUCUCCGUGACGGAAAUCAAGAAGAUGGGCAGGGCAGCAGUAGACACAAAUUCCCUGUACUUCGACGGCUGGAAAGUCCCAGUCGCAGACCGCAUAGGCAGCGAGGGCGAAGGCUUCAAGAUGAUCAUGCACGGCAUGAACGCCGAACGAAUCUUGCUUUCGGGAGAAGCGGUCGGAAUAGGUUAUGCGGCUCUCCGACACGCAAGCAACUACGCGCGCGAACGAAUAGUAUUCGGACGACCCAUAGGGAUGAAUCAAGGUGUCGCGCAUCCUUUGGCGAAAGCAUGGUGUCAGCUCGAAAGCACACGCCUCAUGAUCAUGCAAGCAGCGAAGAUGUGGGACGACGGCUUCGCGACAGGCGAGUACGCGAACGCUGUGAAGUACCUCGCCGGCGAAAAUGCGUUCACAGCGUGCGAAACGGCGGUGUGCAGUAUGGGCGGGAUGGGGUAUGCCAAGGAGUACCAUGUCGAGCGCUUCUUGCGGGAGGUCAUUAUCCCGAGGUUGGCACCGGUGAGCAGGGAGAUGUGUCUGAAUUAUAUUGCUGAGAAAGUGCUUGAUCAACCACGAUCGUACUAG